AUGAUGACUGGCUGGAAAUACUGCGACCUCGCAGAUGUUCUCGAGCGCACGCGGGCAGAGUUGGCGAACACAAGACAAAACCUACAGGACACAGAGUCAAUCUCCUCCGCCGUAUCACGCCUAAAGGUGCUUCUUGAGGACUGCCAGCGACAGGCCUCUAAACUGAAUGUCAAGCCCCCGUCGUCGCCGAUAGAUCUCUGCGACGACUCGGAAGGGAGCUCAGACGUGGCUGGGAACGGCCCGCGCGUGCAGGACGUUGUCCGACAGGCGGAACUCGCGGAGCUACAGGGGGAUAUCGAAACAAAUGCGGAGAAUAAACGCGCACUCACAGCCUCCAUGGGCAUACUUUCAGCGGAGAAAGCUGAACUCCAGCUCAAUCAGCGAGUCUACCUUCAUGAAAUAUCCAUUAGCGAGAAGCAGGGCGAACUUAUGGAAGAGGGACGGCAGCUGCUGGCCGACAAACUCGCCACCAGCACCCAUCUCCUGGAAAGCGCUCAGGCAGAGCUUCGGAAAGUGUACUGUGAAAUUUCUGAGACGACUGUGGGCGCAAGGAAAGCACUGCAGCUGGCUAAGAAGCGAUGGCGCGACUCUGUUCGAAGUGAAUCGCUAGAGCGACUUCACGACGAGCAGCGUGCGCUACAGGAUGAAGCGUUGGGAUAUCAGCGCCAACGCGACAAUGUGAGGUCAUGCGUCCGAACUCAUUUCCGCUUGCCUGACAUCGUCAAGGAGCGUGCAGGACUUGAUCAUAAAAUUGCGGAAAACAAGAAACAUAUAUAUGAGCUGCAUGAGCAGAUCAAGGGGCACAUGCUGCAAGACUUUGGACGAGGCGACGAAACCCUCGAAGUGCGUAUCAGAAUGCUCAAGGAACCUUUGCUGCGCUUAGACCCGGGUCAGUUGUCUUCCUCCGUUGUACCUAUUCAAGAUCUCACGCAUCUCACGCUUGUUUCUGAGCCAGAUGUACAUUCGGUCAUCGAGACGGGCAAUGGGCCUUCGGCGGAAGGAGGGCUUGACUCCGCACGCAGGUUGACGAACAUGGCGAGCAUGAUCAUCUACACAGCGAAGAGCAAUGCCUUACAGUCACUUCAGGACUCGGCCGAAGACACCCAUAUGGAGGAUGCAUGCAAUCAGCGUCCACCGCUGCGCCCAUUGGCUCGGUCGUUAGGUACCACUCUGCUCAAGGAGGCGAGGAUUUACGAUCAACUCAUGCGAUCUAAGCUUUCAUCACCGCAAUGUUCCCGCAAAUCAAGCGCUUCCGCGAAAAAAGGAAACCCGCGUGGGCAGCACCGAUCGUCCGCUCAUCGCCACACACCUUACUCGGCUAAUUAUCACCGGCGCGAUUCUUGCAAAGCUUUCGCAGAUUUCGACGCUCCGGAUGGCCAGUCUUUCCGCUCAGCAGGGCGAGGGCAACUGCCCCCGGUCGGAAAACAGGUUCGCCAACGAGUUUCGCCUGAUCCCGACGAGGACGUCAAUAAGAACAUCAACCGACUCAUAUUCCGAGUGUUUACCGGUGCCUUCAACGUCCGCUUCUUCGACGAUAUCAGCAGCCUACAAGGCGUCAGCCUUGAAGUCCUCUCCGACUUCAGAAAAGAUCCAGUGCGGUGCGGACCGAGUCUGCACAAUCUUCGGCUCGAUACGACAUCCCGUGACUCGUCUGGAUCUCUGAAGGCGGCGGCCUGGAACAUACUAGCUCAAGAACGUAUUUGCGACGCCGUCAUGCGCGGCAUUGUCAGUGAUACCGACGGCUCCCUCGAGUCUUUUAUAGGGCAUACGAUCAGGCAAAAAGUCGGUAGGCGGUUCGACCGACUCUAUAGGGACAUCGCAGAUGCGACUCCGAAGGGUGACGAGUCGCCCGACGAUGCCGCCAAUAGGAUGCGUUCGCAACGAGCAGACCGUAACCGACAUUACCUGUCCACCGUAACUCGUCAGCAUCCACCUUUACAACAGAAACUGAGAAGACGCAAGCAGAUAGCGAGCGCCAUGUCACAGGCAGCUGCGUCUUAUCAGGACAAAGAAGAUCGUGAACGCUGGUCCGCCAUCUCCCGCGUCCUUGACGAACUCAAGAACGACGGAAUGUCCGAUGAAGAGAGCGACAACGAGGAAAUAGAGCUUUCCGGUGGAGUCGUGUCGGAGGAGCGUUAUCGGAAGGUCCUGGAGAUGGAGUGGCGUCAUCCAGCACUUCGUUGCAUAUUGGACGAGGUCGACGAGGCCGCAAAGCAAUCCCCGGACGUUUUUGACGUUCAGUCGGCGAAAAACGCAAGGCGACGGGUUCGUGUUGCACAGCAGAGCCAGAGAGGCCCUCCCCUGGAGCUCAAUAGGACGUUGUUCAACCCUGCGUACCUCGAGAAGAUCGGACCCGCAGGUGAAAUUGCCUUGAAGGUUGUGGAGGGAACAAACUUCGAGUUCAGAGAAGCACCUGAGGCAUGGUAUGGGCAUACGGCAGCACUUGACACGCUAACGUAUAACUGGGCCUUCAAUCAGGGCCAAUAUGCCAUCGGCGCGAGUCAAGCGCGUGCGGUGGAUCUCGGGCUGUUAGACCUAGUUGAUGAUAGACGAUGGCGCGAACAGCCUGGCUCGCAUCAUCACGCGGUAGCGUUGUUCACGAGGCAAUUCCCAAAGCCCGGGCAUGGAGAUGCGUAUCGUGAGGUCGAUACCGAAGCAGCAUCGGAGAUUGCCUCACGCACAUGCGAUACUGAGACUGUCUCGUGGUUGAAAGGUCAGUGGGCGUUUUGCCUCGUUCAAGAAGCUCCCCACAAUUCCCCUGAAUCAUUCUCCGCGAAGUCGAACACAUCCUGCCCCACCAAAGCACUCGCCGGGAGAAGACCCGAGCGUGGAGCGCCGACGUCGCCGUUGGGUCCAGGGGCAUUCAGGGAGCGCCCUCCACCCACAAACGAUUAUCUAACCGCUGCUGGGUCCGAUAGUGCAUGCUAUCCCUCGAAUAUCAACACCACUGGCAGCAGUCACCGGUUCCAUCGACUCGCUCGAAGCUCGCCCGCGACGCGGAUCGCGGUGUGCGCGAAGACAAGGUCCGAGGAUCCGGAUUUGAAGCAGUCGCGCGAUGCCUUCACGAGCUCGCGCAGGAGGUCGAUGAUCACGGGCUCGACGAUAUCGAGCGUCCGAGGAUGCACAGCAAUGAGGAUCGACGCUGUCAAGUCCAGCCGGAAGAGCUCCUCGAGACGCCGCCAGUCUGUCGCGAGCGGGUGCUGA